AUGUCUAUGACAUGGACAUCAGCUUUUCUGCUGCUACAAGUGAAUUGUUACUUUAAAUUUGGAAGUUGUUUAAAGGUGCUGGUGUGGCCCACAGAAUACAGCCACUGGAUGAAUAUGAAGACAAUCCUGGAUGAACUUUUACAGAGAGUGCAUGAGGUGACUGUAUUGACAUCUUCAGCUUCCAUUCUUGUUGAUACCAACAAAACAUCGGGUAGUAAAUUUGAAGUUUAUCCUACAUCUUUAAGUAAAGAUGUUUAUGAGGAUACGUUCAUGAGCCUGAUCAGUAAGAUGGUGUAUGAUAUUCCAAAAGAUUCAUUUUGGUCAUAUUUUUCACAAAUGCAGGAAAUCCUGUGGGAAUUUUCUGACUAUGCUCUAAUGCUAUGUAAAGAAGCAGUUUUGAACAAGAAAUAUAUGAUAAAACUACAAGAAUCAAGGUUUAAUGUCAUUCUUGCAGAUGCCAUUUGUCCCUGUGGUGAGCUGCUGGCUGAGCUACUUCAAAUACCCUUUGUGUACAGUCUGCGCUUCUCUCCUGGAUACACAUUUGAAAAGUAUAGUGGAGGACUUCUAAUCCCUCCUUCCUAUGUACCUAUUGUUCUAUCAGAAUUAAAAUUAAGUGAUCAAAUGGCAUUCAUGGAGAGAGUGAAAAAUAUGAUAUAUGUGCUUUACUUUGACUUUUGGUUUCAAACAUGUAAUAUGAGGACGUGGGAUCGGUUUUACAGUGAAACACUAGGAAGGCCCACUACAUUAUAUGAGACACUGGGGAAAGCUGAAAUGUGGCUCAUUCAAACCUACUGGAAUUUGGAAUUUCCUCGCCCACUCUUACCAAAUUUUGAUUUUGUGGGAAGACUCCACUGCAAACCUGCCAAACCUCUUCAAAUGUAA